AUGAUUGCAGCCUCCAGUCUCUCAGGGGACACCUUGAUAACGUGCCACUUCCCUGUGGUUCAGCUUCCCACUUGGCAACUUAAUGUCCGAGCCCUGUGCAGUUCGGCGAAGAGACCCGGCCGGCUGUCCUCAGUAGGCCUGACCCGGGCCGUGUCCCUCCCGGAGCGAGACUCGCACAGCCAAGAGCAUUCUUUGGCCGGUGGCCGAAGACCUUUCUCCAGCAGCUACGGUCGUCUCAAUGAGGACCGAGCGGAGGAGGAGGGGGGCAGUGACAGCAGCGGGAAGUACGACUCCAACUCAUCACCGGAAGAGACGAGUUCUCAUCUGAAGAAGGAAAGCUCCGGAGCUAGAGACAAUCUGCGGUCACACAACUCCUUCCUGGCCAACACAGCGCUCGACGGGCAUGAGGAAGAUGAAGACAGUGAUGGAGAUAACCUGCACAGAUAUCACGAGGACUCGUCUUUUGUCUUGCAUGGGAAUUCCAACUGGCCUCAAAGCCAUGGUGCCAUAAAUCACCCCCAUGGAGACGUGGACAGUGCAUGGGGCAAUGAAGGGACCGUGUUGGGUCUGCAGAGAGGCCGAGAUUGGCUCUCUAACCCGCCUCACAGAUCUGGCAACACAGUGAUGGAGCAGGAUAACAUGUCCCGCUGCAUGCACAGCCAACUCCAAUGUUCCCCAGAGCAGUUUUCCAACAGUCACAGAGAGUAUGUCAGUGACUCUUCCUGUAACAGCUCUGAUGGAGUCUUGGUUAACUUCUGCACUAUUUAUAACCGGAGCAACAACCCUGCCACGCCGAAUGACCUCAGCAGUCCUGCAGUUCACCCCUAUCAGCCAUCUGAGGGGUCUGUGUUCCUCAACCUCCAACCCGUUCCUCAGACUCCAGCUGAGAACCUCCAACAUGACGACAUGACAGUUCGCCUUCCCUCUAAAGAUGAGGUGGACAUGACGCCAUCCGCUGCUUGCUGGUCUCCCCAGGGCCUCGACUCGAACUGCAACCUUUAUUCCCUGGAGCCGCUGCCAACGGGUCUCUCCUCGCUGGAGGUAUCAGACCUGGCCGCCUGUCUCCAAAGCCAGGCCACACUGGCCAUGGAGACCAACCAGAAGUACUACACGCUUGUGACUUGUGACCUCUCCUCCCAGUCUCCCAGUCCAGCCUGGUCCAGCCUUGAGGGUCAGAGCAAAAGUAGCCCCUUCCCUUCCUUUGAUCACCUUUUUGUUGAUCAUAAGAAAAAAGGACAAGACAAGGAAGUCAAAAAGGAGAAGGAGGAUCAGCAGAAGGAAAAGAGGUUCUCCUCCCCACAAUGCAGCGUCGGGUUUGACUGUUGUCAGUGUCAGACGUGUGAUUAUCGAGAUGCCACAACCUCCACUGAGAAGAAACACAAAGACAGCAUCCAAAACCUGUCUCACACACGCUGUCCGCUGUGUCCCAGCAAGUGUAGCCCACCUGGCAGCAAAAGCCCAGACACAAGCGCUGCGUCCACACAGCCAUCCGAGAAUCAGCCCCAAGAGCACUGUGACACUGAUGCUACUGAGAAGGGAGCAUGUUCACGGGAAGAGGCCGUGGUGCGCUACAGUAAGGCCCAGAGACCAACCUCGCUGCCCAUCCAGCCGUUUGUUCUAGUCCCAGCAGGCAGACCCCAGACGGAGCAUUUGGGCUAUCUUCUGGACCAGUACAUCAAUCAAAAGAGCAGCAAGUCUGUUAGCUCCCAACCAGGCCUCAACUUCAGCAUCAAAAGAAGUCGAUGCUUUUCUAAUCUUCAGCCAUCCGUAAUGGCCGACCACUGCCCCAUCUUUCUGGAAGCCGCUUCGAGCUCCGACACCUGCUCCACCUGCACGCCGAGUCCAGAGUGUUCAGCCAGCCGCAGACACACAUGGAGCCAAUCCAGCAGAGGCCAAGGAUACCUUAGUCCAUGUGCACCAAAAAGCAGCCUGGAUCCAACUCACAGCUGCCCAGAGCCACAACUGGGUCAAGAUAAAACAAGCCCAUACUCAAGCAAAACUCAAAAUGCUUUUUCUAAUCUGCUUUCAACCCCAAAUCAGACAAACUGUGGUAAGAAUCCCACCUGCCAGACCCUUAUUAGCUUCACUCCUGAGGAGAGCCAUGCCAACACUGAGCCUCAAAGUCUCUAUCAGUCCCAGACCCACACCUCAUAUGAUCCAAUAUUCUCUCAUACUCAUACACCACCGACUUUACUCUUAACUACUGACGCCCACCACCCAAACCUGCUGGUGUCCCUGUCUCCUCCCACCACCGUACAAACGGAACAUAAGUUCCCUCAGCACCGGGCUGCAGAUGCAGCUAGCUCAGGCUUUUUUCAUGGUAGUUUUAAAGCUCCUCUCUCCACGUUGAGUUGUCUGCUUUCAUUGGCUGCUUCUGGGCUGCAACUCCAGGACUCUGCUGGGCCCAAUGGGAAGCAGAGUCAGAGUCAACACAGUGAAUCUCUGAUCCUGAGUGACAGGCCGCCCACAGAGUUCUGCCUCUCCCCCGAUACAUCCUAUGAGUCCAUGUCGAUCAGCCAUCUUCAGAGGAGAGGCUUGCUGAGGUCCGUGAGCAGGGCGGUGGAUUUGAUCAUGGCUCAUUUUGGCAGCAGCAGAAACCCUGAAGUAAAGAUACGUCUGGGUAGCAGCUCUCGCAGUCCCACGAUAGCCGGUCUCGUUCUGGAACAUUUGUGUCCAGCGAUCCAGAAUAUUCUGGAGGACGGUCUCAGGGAUCACAAACUGGACCUCGUCAUCGGGCAGCGACGCAACAACUCCUGGAGUGUGGUGGAGGUCUCGACUAGGAUGGGUCCAUCCACCAGGGUCCUUCACAGCCUGGUCUCCAAAAUUAGACAAUGUCCCCAGCUCACCAGCCACUGCAUGAGACUGAGAGCCUUCAUUAUGGGCCUGAUUAACUUGAGAGCUUUGGAAUUCUGGCUCAGUCACCUUCAGAGUCUCAACGAUGUGGUGACAACAUACUACCAUUCUUGGGGGUUCCUGCCCACGUCACUGGGUCAGUGUCAGCCCUCGUUUCAGGAGCUGCUACUUCUGCUGCAGCCGCUCUCUGCGUUGCCCUUUGACCUCAACUUGCUCCUGGAGCCCCGACGGUUACGCAACAGACAGCUGCGUUCUGAGGAACAGGGCGUUGCUCCGCUUCCGCCGUGCUCAGCCCUCCUAGUGACCAGCUGGCCACGACUGCACGCUGACAAGAAGGUCAACAGCAGUCAGACAGGUCUGCAUCACCGAGAGUCUCUCAGUUCCCAGAAUAGCGUCAGGCCGGAUUGUCGAGGGAUGCAGGCCAACAGGAGUCCAGCGUUAGCUCCGGUUCCAGAGUGGUGGCCCGAGGAGCCUCGCCUCAUGGAUGAAGGGGAGGACUGUCGCCUGAAUUAUGCGGAUACUUGGUCUCAAAUAAGUAUGGACAGCCAGCAAGAAGAGCAGAGGGGAGAGAAAGACAACGAGACACCGAUUGCAUCCCCUGGUGUCCAGGCUGAGAGUCCAGGUCAGGCUGGGCUGCGCUGGGCCAAACUGUUCGGAGCAGCUGAUACCACCAGGACGGAGGCAGCUUCUCAGAGUAGAGCACAACCCAGAAGGUACAGGCGACUGAGGCGACCAUCCCAGUGGCUGAACUUCGACAGAUCACAGCUUGGACUGCUGGCUCAAUCCAUCCGGUCGAUGAAGCUCGGAGGAGCUCAGACUCACAAAGACUGCUGAAAAUAAAGCAUGUGUGGGAAAUGGCGAUGUGGGAAAUGGCCGAGACACCGAUUCACUGUCGUAACACAACAUCUUACUGGAGCCGCAUGAUAAUACAAACACAGUGCUGAAGAGAUCAGAAAGCACAGCGCACAACACACUUUGGCAAUGGGCCCUUAUUCAUCAAGCUUUGCCUCGCGCCAUUUGUUCACGCAUGUGUGGCCUUUGUAAGAUCUCAGCACCAGCGAGUUACCAGCCGUAACAGUGUGUGGAUGGUGUUGUUUUCACCGUGUAAGUCUAGGUGUGUGUCGUCAAAGCAACGAGUGGUCCCGGAGACACUUACUGUAGCUACCUCCCACAGAGGAGGUUUUCAGUACUGCCUGUCACCACAGUAGCAUCACAACCAUGCAAGAUGCAGUCCCGAAACUUUACCACUGAUAACAAUUAAAAUGAAGGUCACGUUUGAAGAUGGCUGUGGUCGGGGAGGGGGGUGCAGGGGUCAGUGGCACCCCUACUUUACGCCACUGGCACACAUUUGGCAUUGUGGCUGAUUAGAUCCCAUCACGAGAUGAUCUCGUUUCACAAUAAAUCAGGUGGCAGCACUAAAGAAAUGUCUUCAUUGGUAUUCCAAUGUGUGAGGAAACAUUUAGGAUGGUGUCCAACCAACUCUGUAAACAAGUCGCUGAAGCAAACGGCGUAGCAAACUGAGCAUAACUGUAAAAAAUAUAAUUAAAUAAAUUAAAAUAGUAAUUUUAGGUUUUCUGUUAUGUUUAUGAAAUCUUUCCAAUUUACUUCACGAUUUAAAAACAUUCAGGUAUGUCGUCCCUAUUUCAUACCAUGUGUUACGAUUCAAUCUAAACAGGUCAUAUGUCAGCAAACUGCAUAUAGUUUGUUUCUGUGAUUUAUAAAUCACAGUUUCACCUGGAAGUUACUGAUUUAUUGAAUUUAAUCUAGUGAUGCAAACAUAUACAUUUAGUAAACACCUACAUUAUAACUGGGUUUAACUUUGGAGCAGCUGUUGACUGGCUCCUAAUCUUAAAAAUAUCCCUUGGUUGUUGCUUUAUUUGUUCUUUCGUACUUUGUUGGUUGAGAGAUAAAUCUGUCUGAUUGUGGUCAGAAGAGGCCGGAUCACUUCCUCAGAUCCUGAGCUGUUUUCCACAAAACUGCUUGAUGAAUGAGGGCCAAUCUACAGUUGCACUCUGGAGUAAAUCUCCUUCAUAUUUUCUGUAGAAAUCAAUCAUUAAAUGUGAAUAUUGACCUGCUUUAGACUGUUUGACAUUUUCUCCAUAGAUGUACCUUUCAUGUUUAGGCAAAAAAAGAAGAAAGCGAUGCAUUCGUACUCGUGCCAAAUAUGCUAGACACCAGCCUUGUGGAUAUUCAGUGAUGUUUUGUUUCCAGUAACUUGCUUUCUUACGCAAAUCCCUGCAUGGAUUUACUGUUGGUGCAUGAGUUAUCAAACAUACAGUAGGUGCUUCAGUACCUUCUACAUCUGUUCACCUCCUUCCUUUUUUAAAUGUGUGCAAUUGUUUGGUAUAUUCAGUGGAAAGUCUUCCAGUGAAGUCAAUUGAGUUUGACAAUUACAAGCCAUCUUGUGGCUGCUUCAGGUAUUUAAAUAUGUGUCAGAUAUAUUUUGGUAGACUGGUGGUUAGAUAAUAGGAUGGGGGAAAAAAACUGAAAAUAGUUCAUACUUAAUUUUUUAUGUCCUGCAAUUAUGUGAAGUCUGUGAAAUAUUUUCCCCAGCAUUAUUUAUUUUCUCAAUGUCUGAAUGCUUCCUCCGAUGCCUAGUGACAAUCAAAGUCUGUCAAUAAAGACUUCUUCUUGUAUUCCAUGA